CACAUCAAUCAAAAGAAGUCUUCUCUGCCUUUAGAAACUGUGUUGUUGAUGGGAUCUUGUUUGCCGGGUUUGUAGAGUAUUUCCUUUAAAUGAGAGCAAUCAUUAUCUCCAUCAAGCUUAGACGAGCUUUACUACUUAGAAAAACGCGAAUAUGGACUCGAAUAGAAGGAAUUAGUUUCAAAAUCGUUCAGCAAACAUAACGAACGUCCUUAACUACCGCCGUCAAGAUCUAAAGUGCUGUUUACUCAAGUCAUUUAUUGUGUAAACAUGGCAAAGAUGAAUGAUUCUUUGCUGUAGGUGUCGGCCAUUGUAUUCAAUUAAAGCUAGAAGCUAUGCACAGAUAGACAUGGCUUUAAGGUCUUCAUCAUAUGGUUUUAAAUUGUUAAAAUGGCAUCAUUGAAUAUGCAGUCCAGUUGCGGUGAUAAAAAGACUUCCAUCGGCCAACCUCGAGAUGGAAAGGAUGUUACUCUUCGAGAAGUCAUUAACAUCAUCAACGCGACCAACACGAAGAAUGCUCCUACCUCCAGCGAUAAGACAAUAAUCCAAGGCUUGACUUCUAGUUCCUUAAAAGAACGCAUUAACACUAAUCAUGCCUUCUCGAAUAAUGCAGACGCCAUGCAAAUGUCGAUCAAGAUGAUGAGGAAAGAACUUAAGGAACAGGUGAAACAGAAUAAAGCAAACCCGAAAAGCUCUAGACAUCGUCUUCAUUCCAGCAAAGGAAAAAGUAUAACGAGUUAUUGCUAUCCAGUAAGCGAAGCAUCUUGGCCUGAAACUAUUCGGGUUGCGGCGCCAACUCUUUCAAGACUUUCCAGUGAAGCUGAAUCCGAACGGUUAGUCAAGCAAAGCGAAGAGUUGUCGGGAAAAGACGUCAAAUGGGAUGCUGAAAGUUUGUUUUCAAGGCGUUCAGAUACCGAAUCAUUGACGAAUCUCGCAAAUCAAAACAAAAAUAUUUAUAGCAGACAUCUUCAGAGCAAUUCUACUGAGACAGAAGAAGAUGCCAUUUGCUUCGAGUUAGAGAGUUCGGCGAAGGACAAAGCUGCUCAAGAAUACAGAGAAGCGAGAAGAGUAUCAAGCGCUUCGUCAGUCCAAAGUCUCCGUUCGGAUCUCGGCCCUAAACAAGCCUUCCCGAGCACCACAAAAACACCACUAAGAAAUAGAAGUGAAAGCCAAAGCUCUCAAGAAGCCAACGACGAAGUUGCAGAAAAACUUAUAACCAGAAAUAACUCGAAAGAGAAAAUACAAGACGAAAGAGAAUUUGUUGAGACCCUGACUGACCCUACACUUAAAACUUCUCUACAAAGAAUUAUUCAGAAGCGCCGAAAUAGUGUGUGUCUGAUAAAAUCGGCUAUUACUGGCUUAAGAGUCGCGAACGAUGAUGGGACAUUUUCUGUGAUUGCAGAAGAAAACUCGGAUCUCGAUCUUGAAUCUUUGAUGGCAAAAUCGGACAGUAAAAUAUCUGUGUUAUCUGAAAGAACUAUUAAGAGUUCUUUCAACUCAGGUCAAAAACUCGAUCGUGGUCCUAGAGAGGAUGAAUGUGCUGCAUCGGACUGGGAAAUAAAAAGUUUGAAAAGUUUUCGCUCCGAAGCAAGCCAGACAAGCUACUACCAAAGUAGUAUUCCAAAAAGGGGUUUAGUGUAUACACAGACUGUAAGUACGCGAAAGAAAGGUGUUAGUUCGGGAAAGAAGUUUUCUUUUUGUCCAGACAAGAAUGUUCGCACAAACAAAGUCGAAACAGAGGAAACGAGAAUCAUAAAACCGUUGUCUUCAAAAACAUACCGGCCUUGCUUAACUGCGACUAGCCGAGCAAAGAAGAGAAGUAACACAGCUCGUAGCAGCCCAGAAACAAGUCGAGAAAAAAAUCACUGCGUUGAUAAAGGAAAGCAAGAUGUAAUAAGGGAGUUUAUGCUGAUGUAUGCAAAAGUAAAACAAAACAAAAAAGAAGCGGAGAGAACAGUUGAAGAUAAUAAACCAGUUAGAAUGAUAAGCGCAACCCCUGAGUUUGUCGUUAAGAGCGCGAUAGGACAGUUUCUUUCUAGCGUAUUCCCGCCAGAAAAACCUCGUGAUUCGAGUUGGGAGAGGGAACGACGACGAGAAGACAAGCAAAGGACUAAACUGCUCAAAAUUAAGAUAUGUAUGCAACAGCUUGCUAGUAUAGCGUAAUCAUAAAAGAACGCUGUCAAAUAAGAUUAUUAUGUGUAGAAGACUUGACCAACAACGAUGUAUAAAACAUUAAAACCUACUUUAGAAUCGAUUAAGAAACAGUUAACACAUACGUUGCCACAGUAACGCCAAACUUACGACCAAAUGUAAAAACUCCUCAAAUUUUCGCUCGGAAAUUUUUCAAAAUAAAUAAGUCUUUAUCGUGCAAAUAAUAAUCGUUAAAGGGUGUGAUAAUAAAGUAAUAA